UUUUUGGCUAAAGUGGAGGAAGAGGAGGCUUGGAUUUCGGAGAAGCAUCAGCUCCUGUCCAUCGAGGACUACGGCGACACUAUGGCCGCCGUUCAGGGUUUGCUGAAAAAACACGACGCCUUUGAAGCGGACUUCGCUGUACACCGGGAGAGGUGUGCGGACAUCAUAAACGCGGGCCAACAGCUCGUCCAGGAGGGGAACCACCACUCGGACGGCAUUCAGCAGCGUCUGCAGCAACUGUCCACCCGUUUAGACGCGUUGGACGGCAGCGCCCGGCGCCGUAAGGGUAAGCUGUUGGACAACUCGGCGUACCUGCAGUUCAUGUGGAAGGCCGAUGUGGUCGAGUCGUGGAUCGCCGACAAGGAGGUACAGGUGCGCAGCGAUGAC